AUGAAGUUGCCAUAUAACGUUGCAAGAUACUUUCCUACGAAAGGCUGCUAUUCAGUGAGCAUGGCUGCGUAUAAGUACACAUUAGGAGAAUCCGUCAAAUCAAAGUUUAUGUCCAAACCUUUGACAUGCGGGUUUCGUCUCAGGGAAGAGCAGCGUGUGACCUACAACGAAGCCCACAGUAGGCACGUGCCAAUUUAUGUCACUGUCUGUCCUGGUGUGGACCGCACAUCUCCUUCCCACUGCCCAUCCACAGCACAUCGCUCACUGAGCAUGUGGACAGAUGCCGUGUCUCACCUCUGGAAAAACGGGGGAAACCCUUGUCCACUGCCCUCCAAUUCACUGGUGAGACACAGGAUCUGCCAGGCGGAUUUCACCUUCAGAGAGAACAUCUCCAGUUCCCGUGGUCCGCCCGGACCCGGGGAGAGGGGAACUCCCAUUGAGAUCAGGGGAGGGAUCAAAGAGCAGGGGUUUGCCCGAAGCGGGCUGUGGGGCAGCCCUGCCCUCCAAGGCUCCUUGAAGAGAAAGUUGGUGGUAAAUCUGUCCCCUGUCAGCAAGAGGCCCAAUGGUGUUUCAGACAGCUCUUUCCUUGAUGUUAAGAGGAUAAGAGUGGGUGAUAAUAUCUCAGUGGGACAAGGUGGACAACAUGUUAACAAUUGCCAAAGCCAGUCAAUGUCAGGAACUAUGUCUGUGGGGCAAGGAUCACAAAGAAAGGGCAGCAACCUAGCAAACAAUACACAUGCUAGCGGGAAUGGCAUGUUUAACAUGACUUUGAAAGAGGUAAAGAAAGAACCAGGAGAAACGAUGUCCUGCAGCAAACACUUAGAUGGCCAGACAUCCCAUGAGAACAUGUUCCCUAACAGAUAUGGGGAAGACUCAUGGGAACAAAUGAUGGAUCUGGAGCUUCAGGAACUAUUUAAUGAACUGACUAACAUAUCAGUGCCACCAAUGAGUGAUCUUGAGCUAGAGAAUAUGAUAAAUGCCACGAUAAAACAAGACGAGCCAUUCAACAUUGACCUUGGGCAGCAAAGCCAGAGAGGCCCUGUGAGAUCUCUGCAGAUGGAUAAGAUGGUGAUAAAGAGUGAAUAUGCACCAGGCAUGAAUCAGGCUCCUGUGGGCUCCCCACAGAUGAGGCCUUCUUCUACAGGUCCAGCCUUCACUAUGGCCACCGCUGCCAUGUCCACCUCUUCACCCAUCCCAUCAGUCCCUCAGAGUCAAACACAGGUAUCGCAGGUUUCUUCUGCGUCCAGUCGGCCAUUGCCUAACUGGCAGGAGGUGUCUCAUGCACAGCAGCUCAAACAGAUCGCAGCCAACCGGCAGCAGCAUGCCUUGAUUCAGCAGCAACAGCAGCAGCAGAACCAGACGGCCAGCUGGUCCACCUUGUCUCCAUCAGGACCUUCCCCUGGACCCUUUGUGCAAGAGAAAAUCCCCAGUCCUUCUUUUCGCCAGCAGCAGUUCAGCCCACAAAGCUCAGCGAUGCUUGGGGUACCAGUGAAUGGAAACCAGUCGAAAGGGAUGAACAACUAUGUUUAUAAACCGAACACUCCCCAGAGCAACGCCAUGGACAUAAUCAUGCAACAGAAGCCUCAGGACCUCAACAGAAACUUUAUCAACAGCGCUCAGCCACCACUAGAGCAGCAUCAUGGCAACACAAAGCCUUUGUUUCACUUUAACUCAGAGCAAACAAACCAGCAGAUGCCUUCAGUUUUGGGUUCCCAAAACAAGCCUGCCCUUCUGCACUACACGCAGCAGGCACAGGGUUCAGCCCCUGUGCAACAGCAACAGCAACAACAGCAACAACAGCCGCAGCCGCAACCUGCUCAGCCUCUUGCGAACCAGUCUCUUCAAAGGCCACCUACCGUACCCCUAGCAAUGCAGCAAAAAAUGAUGCUUCAGAAAAUGCAGCAAAGCCAGCAAAUCUCAGGUUUGCAGUAUCCAGUCUCUCAGCAGCAUAGACAGGAUCAACACUCUGUGGUAGGCCAGGGAGCUGGCCCCACUCCAAGCUCCAGUUCUUGCUCAAAUCCAAACACUGGAAGUGGUUACAUGAACUCAUCCCAGCAAUCAAUGUUGAAUCAGCAACUGAUGGAAAAGAAACAGGCUCUGCAACGGCAAAUGAUGGAGCAAAAACAACUCCUUCUACAGCAGCAGAUGUUGGCAGAAGCUGAGAAAAUCACUCCGCAAGAUCAGCUGAACAGACACUUGACACGACCACCACCAGAUUAUAAAGACCAAAGAAGGAAUGUGGUCAACAUGCAACAAUCUAACCAAUAUCCUGGUGGUUCACCAGCUGUGAGUAUGAGCUCCAACAACAUGUCCUUAUCCAACCCAAUUUCAACUCAUAGCAUCAUGCCCCAGAGCUCCAGCCUCAUGUCCACCCCAGCUGGGACCCGAAUGCCUUCUGUUCCUGCCGCUCGGAGUAUGGGCUGCUACGGGAACCUUCCUUGCAACCAACCAAGCACGUACAACGUGACUUCAGGAAUGAACCAAAUGCAGCCACACAGAAACCAAAACCAAGUCCUGCCCAGCCAGAAUAACCCCAUGAUGUCUCGACAGCAAACCAUGACGCAGGGAAACAACGCAGCAACUUUUGGGACAGGGUCGGUGGUCAACUCGCAGCAAGUAAGGCCAAGCUUGAACCAUGGAGCCACGGGUGUCGCUGCGCAAAGGCCGGCCAAUGUGAUGAUCACGGCUACUGCCACUGCCCAGAACUGGGCUCCGCAAGAAGCUGCAGUGAAGCAGCAGGAUGCACUGAAACCUGCAGGGGUCCGUUUCCCCACUGGCACUCCAUAUCCUAACCAGUCUCUGCAACGCAAUGUAGGCAACCAGCAUUUUCCUCAGCGUGCAUUAGCACCUCCUAAUCAGUUAACAGCGGGAGUCCAAAUGAGGCCUCCUCUAAACCAAAUGCACCAGACUCUAAAUGGACAAUCUGCUGGCUCACUACGAGGUCUCAGCACAAGACCUAACCAGCUGAGAGGACAGACUGUGCCUACCUUGAAUCAGCCAGGAACAAGUAUGACACCUCCAUCAUCUCUGCCAUCAACCAGUUUCACAUCUACCAACCAAAACUCUCGGGUUUACCAAGGAAGUGACCACGGUAAUGACCUAGCAUUUGACUUUCUGAACCAGCAAGGUGACAGUAUAGGACCUGCGCUCAACAGUGACUCAGACUUUAUAGAUUCUUUACUGAAAACGGAACCUGGUAACGAUGACUGGAUGAAAGACAUCAAUCUCGAUGAAAUUUUGGGGAACCACUCAUAA